AUGCAUAUGAGGACGUUAGAAGACGAGGGUGGUGCUGUAAUUAGAGAGUUCCUAAAAAAUCUUCCAAAAGAGCAUUGGUCAGCUGCUUACUUUCCAGAAUCUUUCAAUGCAUGGAUUGUAGAUCAGCGUUAUUUGCCUAUAUACCAGUUGCUUGACGGUAUAAGGGUCAAGAUCAUGGAGAUGAAUGCUCAUAGGUGA